UCAACUGGACCUGUUCUGGGGUCUUUAAUCAUGAUAGUUGUAUGUAUUUUGUUGCAACACACUGAGUGUAAGGUGGCACACACCCUUCCGGGUGGCGUGCCAAAAGAGGUUAAGGCGGCGAUGAAAGAGAUGAAGAAGGAACAAAAGGUCACUAAGCGUCUAUUGUCUGACCAUACUUGUGCACUACGUAAGAGCCUUAUGGAGCUCUUAGUAGAUGUCAAGAGUGAGGACGUUGGCCUUGCCAAAAUCAACAUAAUGGCUGAAUUGGCCCUAUGCAGCUGGUGGAGAGAUGAGCACUAUUUGGCUGAGGAGAGGUUCGGGAAAGCUAUCGAACUGACUGGUUUCAAGAAGGAAAAACAAUUCGUCAACAAUGGACUCGGUCACCUGCUCGUGGCUCACAAUGCAUCUGCCUACAUGCUCGAAGGUAAGUUCGAGUCGGCCGCGGUUCAUUUGAGAUCUUUGAGGCGAAUGAUGCUGAUGGACGAGGCCAAGGCCCUGAACGAAGUACUCCAUAAACCACCGAUGGAUCAGCUGAAGCCUUAUGAACGGGAGCUUGUGAAAUCUAAUCCUGGUGAUUUCCUCAUCAAUAACACAUAUGUUGGUGUGGUAUACAGAGGAUGGGUCGUUGCUGCGAAUCAACAGUUGAGGUUCUGUGAGGCAAAUCUCGUCGGGCUUGAUGAAGGCAGAUUGGCCAAGAGGGAGAGGAUGGGUGGUGACUCGGAUAAUCCGGCAUACAUGCAGGGUUUAGCUGCCGAGCCUGUGAUGCCGUGGAGGAACUUCCAGUUAGCGCUCAAUCUAUAUGAACGCAGGGAGGAACUUCUGGAAGCUGCCAGGAGGGGUAAGACGCCGAGGAGCCCACAGGCGGCUGAGCUGAUGGUUCGAGGCGGCCUCAGGGGCGGCGAUUGUCCGACAUACCCUCGUCUAUGUGAUUUGUUAUUGGGAUAUGACGCCGCAGUAUUAGUCGACGUUAGCACUUAUGUGGCUGGUUUGUUCAACGCUGUCAUUCAACUGGUCCCAAUGAACGGCUCUAAGACGACCCAGCAGGUUGGGACGUGUUCGAAUAAUGCUGGUCUCGCACUGGCCUUCCCUCUCAACGAGUCGGAGGACCCUGAGGAUCCAAUAAUACUCACAACUGAGUCUGUCGAGUUACCCGGUAUUGCUCUCGGCAGCGAACCGGUUGUGGUGGAUCCAUGUUCGGAACCUAACCCGGCUAUAACGAGAUCGGGAGGUUCUUCAGAUAUCGUCUAUGUGCUGGUAGUGGAGUUCUGGCAUCCCGCGGUCACUCUGUUCGAGAGAGUGGCUAUCAUAGAGGGUACCCAAGCUCAGGCAAGGAAAGGUCGAGAGCGAAUCAAGGUUCAAGAGGUUACUAGUGCUAUGAUAGAGCGUUUGAAGGGAACACAAUCACUGUGGUCGGAGGGGCUUGACCUCUAUCAGCACAGACGUCCAUUGACACCAUUGGGCCCUGACGAGUUGGUAGAAGAUGAGGUUAUCGAAUAUCCAAGGCCCAAGAGUAAGAAAAAGCUGAAGAGAACGCCGGAUGCCCUGGAAGAUUCGUUGGAGAUCACCAAUUUGAAGCAGCUGGUGAAAAAACUGAAAGGAGACCGAAAGGCGGCCAUGAAGAAUGCUAGUGCGAAGGAAGUCGCUGAUAUAGAUGAUGCUCUAUCCUAUGCUGAAGAGCGACUUGAUGAUGCGUUCGAGGCUCAGGAGAAGUCGAGACUGAUUGGCGAUAUCAAUAGUAAGCUGAGUAGCUCUCAAUCCGUGGUUCAAGCGUUGCAAAUGUCGGGCGACAUUAGUCGUUUGCAGGAGAUGCAACAGCAGAUCGCGCAGCUCCGAGCGGCUUUGGAGGUGGCUCAGAGAGCUGAAGCCGAGUUCAGGGAAGAAAGAAAGCAGCGCAGAAGGGAUCGUAAAACGACGAAGGGUAAACUCAAUCAGAAAGAGUCGGAGACUGAUGAUGAUGAUGAUGAAGAGAAGGAGGUCGAGUUGUAGGUCUUAACGUAUGCUAAUCAUCUGGUCACCGAACCAGGAUAGUAGCUCAGUCUCUCAUCGUGGCGUUUUCGAACUUUCCCAGCAUGUCUUCGGGCUGGCAGUUUAUAACUUCAAAGUUU